GUCUUUAGUCAGGUUGUGUGGGCUUUAUUUUGGUCUGAGUGUUUUUGAUUUGUGGGUUCUGUGGUAGUAUUAUAGUUCCGGGGGUAUUGGUAUGUUUAGGUUGGUAACUUGUAGGUUUAUUAAAGGACUUUGCCCAGUGUCUGGUAUUCUGUAAAACACUCAGCAACUGCAAUCACUUUCAUAAAUAUGUUAACUAAAGUUAAGUAAGCUACUGAAUGAGAAUGAAAGUGUAAGCUCAGGGUAGCUUAGUUAGUGCGCAGCAUAAGCACACUGCUCCUGCUAAGUAGAAUAUGGCAGCAACUUCUUUAUUUCAGACCCCCCCUUACCAGUCAUUUUUGUAUUUUUUUGGUCCAAACUGAAUCCUAAAUGUACAUAGCCAUCUCUUACUUGCAGUGAAUAGCUUGGUGUCUCUCGUUUCAGAAGCUCCUUCGCAGAGGUAUUGAUUGGGCCUGUUGCUUCUGUGUACCACAUGCCGGCAUUUGGAUGCUUGUCUGUCUUCUUCGAGUUUAUUGCCUUGCUCAUCUUAACCUGAAUAUCACUGUGCCUUUUUUUAGUUUGAUAUGUGCCAGCAAAACAGUACAAAAUGUUCUUUGCCUUUCCCUAUUUCACAGGUAAAAGAUUCAUUUCUAAAGAUAUUGGCAACCUCAGAGUAGGACUUUCUUGAACUUGAGCCUGGUGACAUGAAUCAUCAGGUAAAGAUGCUUGGCACCAAGCCUAAUAACCUAAAGUCAACCAGCUGUACCCAGGACACAAACUUAAGGGGUUAGAGAAAUUGCUCAGUGACUAAGAGUACCAGCUGCUCUUCUAGAGGGCCAGGUUCAGUUCCCAGCACCCACAUGGAGGCUCACAACAUCCAGGCAAAAUACUCACACACACACACACACACACACACACACACACACACACACAGUUUUUAGAACACUUUGAACUUGAGCUCUUGGUAGAUAGUACACAAUCUUAGUUUCCAAACAGAGAUGAGUGUUAAAAAGAACAAGACAAUAGGAUCUAAAUAAUGCUACUCAGAAAGAUGUACUAUUUAAAACUUGUGGAUUGUCUAUUGCUAGAAUUAUCAAUUCAACGUUUUCAGACCACAUUUGCCCUUGUAGUUGAAAGCACAGAAAUAAGCCUUGGCUGUGCAUCCUUUUAAUCCCAGCAUUCAUGAGGCAGAGCCAGAAGGAACCACCACAAGCUCCAGUUCAUCCUGAUCUAUAGAGUGAGACUUUGUCUUACCAAAAAACAAACAAACAAACAAACAAAAACAAAAAAAACCCCUCCUUUCUUUUAGUAAGCAAGGCUAGUUAGUUGUUUAACCUAAAUGUCUUACAGUUUGAAGUCCCUUUCUUAUGUGACAGCUGUCUACCUUUACAGCGUUCCGGCACAACUCUGUCCUUCCUUUCUUUCAGUCUGCUCUUUUUCUGGGAGGCUAUUACUGACCUUUUCCCCUAGUAUUAAUGCUAGGCUUUUGAGUCUACCUCUAAUCUUUUCUUUUUUUUUUAUUUAAUGUAUACGAGUACACUGUAGCUGUCUUCAGACACACCAGACCUCAUUACAGAUGGUUGUGAGCCACCAUGUGGUUGCUGGGAAUUGAACUCAGGACCUCUGGAAGAGCAAUCAGUGCUCUUAACCACUGAGCCACCUCUCCAGCACCCUCUACCUCUAAUCUUAACUUGCUUCUUGUUCUUUUUGUUCAUAGUAUUGUUAUGCUGUAUCUUCUGACAGAGUCUGGUUUGCUCCUAAACUCCAUUCUCUCUGGAGAAACCCCUGAUGUUUCUUCAUGGAUUGUACUUCCCUUUGUUGGUCUGUAGUACAUUACAUAUGCCUGAUACAGGUGCCCAUACAGUUCUGCUCACUGAGAAAACUGAAUUACCAACUUGCUGAGUUUGUGAAUGUAGUUCAUUGGUAAGGAACAUGCACGGCCUGUGCAAGUCACAAGUUCAGUCCUGAGCUUUAUUUUAUUUUUUACAUAAGAUUAGUUGCUUUGUUAUUUUAUCUAUAUAUUUAAAUGUCUGUGUGUAGGCACACAUGUGUCACAGCAUAUCUGUGGCUCAGAAGACAGUUUCCACUGCCAGUCCUCUCAGACACAUUCUCUUGUUCACCUCUGUGUAUACCAGGAUAGCUGGCCUGCAUCAAGCUACUGAAACGUGUCUCUCCCUUCCAUCUACGUGUAGGGUACUGGAGUUAAAAGAUGCACAGUACAACAUCUGAGAGCCAAAGCUCAGUACCUCAUGCUUGCAUAGCAGAUGCCUUUCCCAUUGAGCCACCACCUCAGUCCAAUUGUUUUGUUUGAAAUAAAGUCUAAUAGUGAGCAUUUUCAUAUGUGUGUUCAAUUUUUAAUACUGAUAUUACCUUGAAUUAAAUUCCAAGAGUAAGCCUGAACCAAUAUACACAAAACAUCUUAUAAUUUUUAUCAAAAUAAACAGUUAAUGUACCUUUGACCGGAAAUGAAUCUCUGAAAUACCAGACAUUAUUAAUGCUAAGUCAUUUUUAUAGAAAUGUGACUGAGUCAAUUAUAGAUCUGGACAUUGUUUUAGAAGUUUAAAAAUUAGUUGGCGCUUGGGUACUUUAGUUGUGAAAUUAAGUUUCUUUUACUAGGUAGUCUCUUUGUGGUGUACCAGUGUGGGCUUAACUGGAUCUCAAGCCCCUCAGUAUUAUUCAUUGGUCAUUAGUCAUUGGUUAUUAAAAACUUUUACAUUUUUUUACUUUCUCCAUUGUUUUACAAGUGUUGUGAUUUUCCUGGUGCUUUCUAUAUUAAAUUUUUUCAAGGAUAUUCUUCCUCCCUCCCUCCCUCUCUACCGCACCCCUCUUUCUCCCCUCUCUGACCCAUUCACUACUAUCCAUAUCUCCUAGUAUAAUCUGAUUCACUCUGGAAAGUAACGUAGAUUCUUAUAACAAACCUCAGGGCUGUGAGUCCACAAAUAAGUGCACUUGGUAUUCAGUGGGAGAAAUGUCAGUUUAAAAAUGGUCAAAGGUUUUUGUGAAAUAUAUGAUUCUUACAGAAAUGAAAUGCAUAGAAGAAUAUUAAGGAAAGUAAGGCAAGGUCCUCAGAGCCAGAGGUAGUGCUGGGAAAGUGACUUUCAAAGGAAUGUUUAUUAACACAAACCUUUAUAUUGGAUGAUGCUAACUGCUUAUAUGUCCUGCCUUUUAAAUUUUUUGUCAAUUAAAAUUUCUCCAAAAUACUUUAACAUUCAUACUGUGCUAUAUGUUUGCCUUUUCUAGUUUUUCUUCUGUUAACUAACAGCUUUUAUGUAUAAAUUAAUAAAUGACUGGUUAUUUCCUUAGGAUUAAUAUGUAGAAAUUAAAUUACUGGGUUAAAAGUACGAAACUAACUUUCUACAUAAAUAUUACUAGCACAGUAGUCAUAUUUUCAAUUGUUUUUAAUAUUCAGUAUACAUGAACUUUAAUGUUGGUGGAAGACAGCCAGGUAUACUGUUUCUUCUGGGGCAGUUUGUGCUUCCCUAGGGAUGAAACUAACUCAUGUGGAUGUGUCCAAGGACCCAGAAAUGAGAAAGAUUAUCACACUUGUGAUUGUUUGCACAGCAGUUGCCAAAGAAAGCUCUUUCAAUAAUUGUUUAACAUGGGUAUUAGUGUGUGUCAGGAGUCUGAGGAUAAUUUUUGAUAGCAUUCCGGGUAGACAAGUAUAGCAGCUCCUUAAACGGCAAACAAAUUAACAUUACUGCUUUUCAGAUUGCUCUGUUCUCUAUUCACUAAAAACUAUGUUCUGUAUUCAGUUUCCACAGUGCUAGCAAAUGAUGUGUUUAAAUUAAAGGUACUAAUGUGAUCCAGUUCAGAUAAAGUAUUCUUGACAGUUUAUUUUUUUAAAUGAGAUUUUAUUUUCUUGUUCGUGGAUUUUUAAAUUACUAGGUUUUGUUUUUGAAAAUAAAUACUAUCUUAAAACUAUGUUCAUAAUAGUAUGUAUUUAAUGACUUCUGUAUGCAAGUGUGUUUUCUUUCUGUGUAAUAAAAACGCCUGGUAUAGCUGCUUUGGGUAGGGCAAAGUAGAAGCAUGGUGGUGCCUUUUAUUGUUCCUUCAGUUUCACUGAUUCUAAUUAUAGAAGCUUACAUCACCAUCGCUGAUGAUAACAGCUUUCCUCUCUCUCCUUGCUCUUUCUUUCUCAAUCACUCCCUAAGGAUAUAUCAUAUUUCAUAGUACAUAUGGACUUCAAGUGGUUUUGACAAAGAUUUUUGAUAGCAUGCAAGCAAUCAGUGAACACACCAUAGUAUUGUAGAACAGUUUCCCAAAAAGAAUAGAAAGAAAGCUUUGAUACUUAGGGGUGAUGAGGAGUAGUUAGGACUUGCUUCUUGAAGUCAGAAAUUACUAAGGGGCAACAAUAAUUAGAGUUAACCAUGUUUGAUAGCUACAGAUUCAUUUCUCUGAAGCAAGGGAAAGAUAAGGUGGUACACUAUGUGGCUACUUUAGCUGGUACGUUGUCACUGCAAUGGUGUGCUCAUUACUAUAGCAUUAUCAGUUUAUUUCAAAGGCAGAAAUGACCAGCCAUUUUAUGUUGUAAAAUGACAGCUUUAGGUUUGCUACUCUCUUUUGGCAUUUGGCAUCCCUAAAUUACCUGUACUGUUUCACUGUGCAGAUGGGUGGUGAAAUUAUUAACUAUUAGAACCUUAUCUUUGGUUUUCUAUGCAGCAUAAUUUCCAAUAUUCCAGUUUAUAGUUGGCUUGUAAAUUAUAUAUUCAGAUAACAAAUCUUCCUAACCAGAUUGUUUAUAUAUUUAUAAAAACUGUUUUGUAAUUAUUGGAAACUUGAUCUUAUCUCACAGUAGUCAAAUGCCCCUUUUAAAACUAAAGAUUUUGUUUGUAUGGCUUAGCAUACUGGUAUUUCAUAUGCAGGAAGGUGUGUUCCUCAGUGCGUAGCCUGUAGUAAUGAUUCUAGACUGUGAAUCAGCACUCCCUCUAUCACUGCACUGACUUCACUUGACAAUGAGGUGAGAUCAUGAUAAAUUCUAAACGUGAUGCCCAUGAAAAAUAAUUGAUUCAUCUACUAAUUCAUUU